AGCCGGGUCCGAUACCCUUGGGACAGUGGAACACACCCUGCAUGACAGUGGCUGCCUGUGCCAACGCCACCAAGCCGUUCCUGAAUGUCACUAUGGUCGAACCCACAUAUUGGACCAGUCAGGGCCAGACGACACACAGCACACAUCAAAUGAAAUGAAAAGGAGGACAGAAAAGGCGUGUCUAUGCUGACACAUGGGGUGGGGGUGGGGUCGAGGCCACACCCUCCUGACACCCAACCUUAUAUAAGAGAUGUGCUUCAGUGAGACGUGAAGCUCAACGCAAAGACUUCCUCUGUGACAACUUCCUCACUCGUCAACAGGUCUAGAAGAGAAUGGCGACCCACAAAGAGUUUGAGGUGGCAGGGAAGAAGCCUGGCCUUCAGGUGUGGCGUGUGGAGAAGAUGGACUUGAAAGCGGUCCCGACUGAACUCCACGGAAACUUCUACACUGGAGACUCCUACAUUGUCCUCUUCACCACCACGGGGAUGGCUUACAACAUUCACAGCUGGAUCGGCGCGGAGACGUCUCAGGAUGAGCAAGGGGCCGCUGCCAUUUUUAUGACCCAGCUCGAUGACUACCUGCAAUGCGCCGCCAUACAGUUCACAGAGUUCCAGGACCACGAGUCUGUUAACUUCAUGGGUUACUUCAAGAAAGGCAUAAAGUACCAGAAAGGAGGCGUGGCAUCGGGCUUUAAUCACAUCAUUACAAACGAAACCAAAAUCCAGCGCGUGCUGAAGGUCAAAGGUCGACAUCAGAUCCGAGCCACAGAGGUGGACCUGUCGUGGCAGAGCUUCAAUACAGGAGACUGCUUCAUCAUCGACUUGGGAAAGGACAUCUUCUCAUGGGCGGGAAGCGAGUGCAACCGCUACGAGCGCCUGAAAGCCACACAGGUGGCCUGCGACAUUCGUGACAACGAGCGGAGAGGGCGAGCGACGAUGCACCUUAUCGAUCAGGGCUCUGAGCCGGACACUGUCAUAAAGGUGCUUGGACCGCUGCCCGAACUGCCGCCGGGAAGUUGUGACAAACCCGUGCUCGUACACAGCCCCGCUACGCUGUACAUGGUCUCCAACGGCAGCAACAAAGAGAUGAAGAUAACGCAGGUGGCCGCCCAGAGUCCCUUCAAACAAUCGCUGCUCUCCGAGAAGGAAUGCUACAUCCUGGACAAUGGCAAAGACAACAAGAUUUUUAUCUGGAAAGGAAGUGAUUCCAGCAAGGAUGAACGCUCCCACAGUCUUGAAACGGCCAAUAAGUUCAUCAAAGACAAGAAAUACUCUCCACACUGUCAGAUCCAAAUUGUGCCUCAAGCGGCUGAGACAACCCUUUUCAAGGAGUACUUUGAGAACUGGAUGGACAAGGAUGAGACCACUGGGCCGGGCAAGACAUACACCAUCGGGAGGAUCGCCGUCGUCGAACAGAUUCCCUUUGACGCCUCCAGCCUCCACAAAAACACUAUGAUGGCCGCCCAGCACGGCAUGGUGGACGACGGCUCGGGCAAAGUCCAGAUCUGGCGUGUGGAAGGAGGAGACAAGGUGGCGGUGGACCCCUCCACUCAUGGAGAGUUCUUUGGAGGUGACUGCUACCUAGUGCUCUACUCCUACAAAGUGGAUGGCAGAGAAAAGCACAUCAUCUACAUCUGGCAAGGAAACAAGUGCUCCAAGGACGAGCUGGGUGCCUCCGCCAUUUUGGCUGUCAAACUGGAUGAUUCCAUGGGAGGCGUUGCAACUCAAGUCCGUGUCACUCAGGGCCAAGAACCUCCUCAUCUGCUGAGCAUGUUUAAAGGCAAACCCCUGGUAGUCCACCUGGGUGGGACGUCCCGCAAGGGUGGUGACAAGGUGGCAGGCGCCAAGCGACUGUUUCAUAUCCGCCAGAGCCGCACCAAAGCCACACGGGCCGUGGAGGUGGCACCAGACGCUUCGUCUCUGAACUCCAACGACAUUUUUGUGCUCAAGUCCCCGAGCGGAAACUUCCUGUGGAAGGGCCGCGGAGCAACAGCAGAGGAGAUGGUAGCCGCUAAACACGUGGCGGGCAUGCUUGGCGGCACCCCCACUGAGGUGGCAGAGACCAAGGAGCCCCCAAGCUUCUGGGAGGUGCUGGGUGGAAAGAAGAGCUACCAGACCUCACUUGUCCUGCGGACCGCAGUCUUGCAGAGUCCCCGACUCUUUGGAUGCUCCAACGCCACUGGAAGACUGAUUGUGGAGGAAGUCCCUGGAGACUUGGACCAGUUAGACUUGGAGACCGAUGACAUCAUGAUUCUGGACACUCAUGAUCAGAUCUUCAUUUGGAUCGGACAGGACGCCAACAAGACAGAGAAGAGUGGAUGCAUGCGUAUUGCCGAGGACUAUGUGAACUCUGACCCCUCCGGUCGCCGUGGUACCCCCAUCUGCAUCAUCAAACAUGGCGAGGAGCCCCCCUCCUUCACUGGCUGGUUCCUGGCCUGGGACCCCACCUUGUGGGACAAAGACCUCCUGGCCAGCUUGCAAGUUGCACAUUAGCGUUCAAACACUCCUGCCUGUCAUGUCGCUUAGUCAGCUUCCAUCACUGCAAGAAGAAAGCACAGCUAGCCGGUCCACAUCUGUCACAGUCAUAUGGAUGUGGAUUCAAUAGACCUAACUGACUUCAUGACUUCAUGUCCUAGAGCAGUGUUGUUCAAAGUGUAGCUCUGGGGCCAUUUGGGGCCUCAGCACAUUGUAACAAUACAAAAACAACAGCAGAAAUGUAAAAAGGUGGAAUGUAAGGAGAAAAAUGGUGAUGCUAACAACACAAAGCUGACAUGCAGGCUGUUGUUUCUUUAACUUCUUAGCAUAUUGAGAUGGUUUUGGCAUGGUUUCAGAGGGUCAUGUGAUCGUCACACGUUUACCCUGUCCUAUCUUUGCUUGUGUUUAGUGGAACUUUCCCUUUUCUACUGAUUGCAAACAUACUUUUUAAUAAAGGUCAGCUUUGGAGUGGCA